AUGAUGGACGAGGCCGCCUGCAAGCCAUCGGAAAUACCACAAAACCUGAUAUGCCCAAUGAUCUCACUAGAGACGGCCAUCACCCCAAUAUCACCACCACCUCAGACGACUAGCACGACUUCUGAGGCACCACCAUCUGGUAGCCCGCCACCUUCCCUUGCAAUAGUUGCGCCUUCCAUCACAACCCACAUACCAAUAACCACAUUGAAUAGCGUAACCCCGCCGUUGUUAACAACGGCAGACCCAAUCCUCCUAUCUCACCUCGUAUACCGCUGUUUUUUCCCAACAUUGGCGGAUUAA